AGAUGCGGACGAGGAUGUUGAACCAAUGUUUGAUGAUGAUUGGAAUUCGGACGAGAAAAGGCCUUCAACAGUUGCUGUUUUACCAUCAAAUGAUGAGACCGAGAUUCCGUCAGUAGUCCAACUACAACCUUUCGAUAAUCAGGUGGGCGGACAUAGCCAUAUCUUCCGCUUUUCUAAGCGUGCUGUCUGCAAGCCUUUGGUCAGUAGGGAGAAUGAAUUCUACGAAGCGAUCGAACGUGAGCAUCCUUCUUUGCUAUCCUUUGUACCUCAGUACCUUGGUGUUCUUAACGUCAGCUAUCGACAUGUUGACAAGCAUACUCAAGACGAUACCGUGACAGAUGCACAAAAUAACAUCACAUAUACCGAAGCGGCUACUUCACCCGACAAUCAAAGAGGCCGACCAAAAGUGUCUCGUGGAACAUCGGAAGCGAAUGUGCCAACACGACGCAGGAUCUUUCAAGAUGAGUCUCGUCAACGUACGCCAAGACCGUUCCAAAUCUUGCACGCGGACAUGACUGUUGAUCAAGUAGAACCUUCGCCCGUUCGACAAGAGCAAUUCUUGUUAAUGGAAGAUCUGACGGGCAGAUUGAAAUUCCCAUGCGUUCUUGAUCUGAAAAUGGGCACCAGACAAUACGGUUUAGAUGCAACGGACAAAAAGCGAAAGAGUCAAACGAAGAAAUGCGAUAAGACAACAUCCAGAACACAUGGUGUGCGCAUUUGUGGUAUGCAAGUAUACGAUAGCAAAAAGGAUAAUUAUCUUUUCCAAGAUAAGUAUUACGGAAGACAGAUUGCGCCUGAUCAAUUUUCUACUGCUCUUGCACGAUUUUUCGAAGAUGGUAAAUGUUUGUUGGUUCAUCAUAUACCCAUCAUCUUGGAGAAAUUGUACAGAUUGGCUGGUAUCAUCUUUCGAUUGAAAGGAUAUCGUUUCUAUGCAAGCAGCCUCUUAUUCAUUUACGAUGGCGAUGAACAAACACAAUCUCGCUUGCUGCGCGAAUUCGAACAUCGUAGAAGGCAUGGUCAAGCUGGAACAAUUCCAAGUAGCGCACCUCCGAACAGAAGAAGAAAGAAGGGUGAAAUCAAUAUUCGUAUUAUUGACUUCGCACAUUGCACGACUGGACAUGAUUACAUUUACCCAGACGAAGAUGCAGCUGAUGAGGCGGAAUUGGAAGCUCUUCGUGCGGCAGGUCGUCCGAUCGUACGUUUUCCGCCUCAAUGGCGUGAUGGACCGGAUAGCGGUUAUUUGUUUGGUCUACAGCAUCUUGCAAGGAGUUUUGAAGAGAUUUGGGAUCGUGAACGUCAAAGACGGAAGAGUGAAGCUGAAAAGCAGGCAAAGGAUUCAGGCAUUCAAGAAGAAGAACAAUUGAAAAUUUUAAUUCAAAAAGCUGAUUUGGGCGAUUUGAUAAUCGAUGGCAGUGAUGUAUUUGAUGGAAUUUUUGCAGAUUCUCGUGAUGGCCUUGACGGUCAUGUAUCAUCUUGA